AUGACUAGGAGUGUGCAAACGCAGGAGUCAUUGAACCCCAAUAACCUGGAGUACUGGAUGGAGGAUAUCUACACGCCAGGUUACGAUUCGCUGCUGAAGAGGAAGGAAGCGGAGUUUCGGAGGGCCAAGGUGUGCAAGAUUGGAGCGCUGAUUGCCGCGGCCGCCUGCACUGUGAUCCUGGUCAUCGUUGUGCCCAUAUUCACUGGGAGAGACACUUGUAUUAGUUCAGUGACUGGGAGAGACACUUGUAUUAGUUCAGUGACUGGGAGAGACACUUGUAUUAGUUCAGUGACUGGGAGAGACACUUGUAUUAGUUCAGUCACUGGGAGAGACACUUGUAUUAGUUCAGUCACUGGGAGAGACACUUGUAUUAGUUCAGUCACUGGGAGAGACACUUGUAUUAGUUCAGUCACUGGGAGAGACACUUGUAUUAGUUCAGUGACUGGGAGAGACACUUGUAUUAGUUCAGUGACUGGGAGAGACACUUGUAUUAGUUCAGUGACUGGGAGAGACACUUGUAUUAGUUCAGUGACUGGGAGAGACACUUGUAUUAGUUCAGUCACUGGGAGAGACACUUGUAUUAGUUCAGUCACUGGGAGAGACACUUGUAUUAGUUCAGUCACUGGGAGAGACACUUGUAUUAGUUCAGUCACUGGGAGAGACACUUGUAUUAGUUCAGUGACUGGGAGAGACACUUGUAUUAGUUCAGUCACUGGGAGAGACACUUGUAUUAGUUCAGUGACUGGGAGAGACACUUGUAUUAGUUCAGUGACUGGGAGAGACACUUGUAUUAGUUCAGUGACUGGGAGAGACACUUGUAUAGGUUCAGUCACUGGGAGAGACACUUGUAUUAGUUCAGUGACUGGGAGAGACACUUGUAUUAGUUCAGUGACUGGGAGAGACACUUGUAUUAGUUCAGUGACUGGGAGAGACACUUGUAUUAGUUCAGUGACUGGGAGAGACACUUGUAUUAGUUCAGUGACUGGGAGAGACACUUGUAUUAGUUCAGUGACUGGGAGAGACACUUGUAUUAGUUCAGUGACUGGGAGAGACACUUGUAUAGGUUCAGUCAGCGGUAUCGACUGCACCAAUCUCCCAGGCUGUCACAAACACUAACACUUGCAGAAGCUUCUUAUGAGGUGCUGUGUCACCUUAUAAACAUUCAUAGCAUCUUCUAUAGAGCAUUAUGACAUGUUGUAUUAAUUAAGCAAUACGACACAAUAGGUUAUGAUGUAUCGUGGAUGUAUGACAUCUUAGUAGCCCCGUGCCUCGUUGCUUUACUUUACAGUUUGGUAACGGUCCAUGACUGCAUUCCAAUGUGGUUUGAAUGUGCUAUGAAUGUUUAUAAGGCAUUGUAACACUUCGUAAGAAUCUGAUUCAAGUAAAGAAACAGUCCCUCCACUCAAGCCCUGCCUACCCAUCUAGUCUCCUAAGAGGCCUUAAAACCACUGAAUGCAAACUGCCUGCCGUUAAGGCUGUGUCCCAAUAGUUUUGAAGAACGUCCUUGUCUCAUCAUCAACUGUAGCGGUGGUGAUGAAAGGUUGGGGAAGCUAUUUCAUAGUUCUGGGACACAACGUGAGAUUCACAUCUCCACUCAUGAACCUGAGCUCAGAGACAGUACGCAAACCAAGAUGGCCGAUCACACACACGUCACCCAGUUAACAGUAAACCAGGGGAUGCUCUACUCCAGUCCUCCUUGGUUUCCCUCUCAAGUUAGUUCAUUUAGGCCGUGUUCCAGGCUGACUACAUUGCAGACUCCUGGCAGAUAUCAAAACGCCUGGAUAGAUGUUUAAGAUAUCAGCAAACCACAUCCUAUGAUGUAGCAAUCUGAUGGCUGACUGCAGUCGAUGACGUGGCAAGCAACCGUUGGUUGAUGCAAUGCAACGUCUGCAAUGUAGUUGGCUUAUGCUAGUGAUUUAUGUGCUACUUCAGGUGUUCCUGGCACAAAUGGGAGAAAACAUUGUCAUACUGCAAAAUGAACAUGAGGAAGUACGCACUUCAGGUUGUAAACAUUAGAAUUUCUCUUGUUUGAUAUAAUCAUUCAAAAGUAGACACAAUAACCUGAUAAUGAAGCACUGGACCACUCAGUUUGAUGUCAGGUUUGCCCGUUAGGAGAGGACUGGAGUUGAGCCCCCCACCUAAUGGGUGAAGGGUGAAGUUACUGCCAGUUGACGUUUAUUGUCAUGAGUCUUGUUCUGGAGCAGAAUUGGGCGAAUCCUCCUUAGAUGCAAAGUCAAAAUGGUCUAUAUUGUAAAAAUGUUAUUUCAUGUUAGGGUUAGGCAUUAGGGUUAGCAGUGUGGUUAACAUUAGGGUUAGGUUUAAAAUCAGAUUUUAUUACUUUGUGGCUGCGCCCUCUAGUGACCACUCUGCCGAGCUGCCUCCAGAACAAGAUUCAGGAUGAAAACGCUGACCUACGAAGAU